UGUAGCAGCGCUGGUCCUCCUCCUUUACACAAAGCAUCCUGUGUAUCCCCCGCUACCCCCUCUCACGCCCCCUUUAUACACACGCUGCCCCGUUACCCGCACCAGCUCUGCCUGAGAGGCGUCCUCAUACCCCAGCUCCCCCUCCCAUGCACCAGGUUUCUUUAAAGCUGCAAUAUUAGACAAAGAUGGAAAAUGAUGAGGACCCUUACAUGCGGGAGAACAAGCAGGACAUGGCAAGCAGAAUUGAGAUUUCAGAAUGUUGGUCCCAAGCAAAGACAGAAGAAGUCAGACAAUUUGUUCCUGUUCCUGGGAAGAUAUCUGAGGAUCAGUCAUCUAAUAGUCCAUUGAUUCUUAGCAGCUUUGAUAGUCAACAUAAUUGCUGGAGAGACAAAAUAGGACCCCGUCUUCUGGAGGGAGAAGCUUUGUGCCAGCCUGGUACAGUUGGAAUGGAUUAUGGAUGCUCUUCUGGACAACGACCUACAACAACUGUAUCUCUUUUGGAGAAGCAAAAAUCAAGAGAUCAUAGGAUUAUAGAACAUGGGGCUGAAGAAACAAGAAUAAUUAGAAUAAUUGACAAUUCCAACACACAGCCAGUACUGCAUGGGGUGACACCAAUGCCAUUAAAUUUAGGUAAAAUGGAUAAAGAAAGUGUGAUGAUCUGCAGACCUCAAGGAUGGAAUAAUUCUGGGCAUAACAUCAAGACUAUUGAUAUUAACAAAAGGAAAACUACAGAACCAAACCUGAGAAACUGGGGGUUGUUCCAGUGCUCGUUUUGUAAUUUUGUUUUUCAAGAUCUCUCAGAGCUUGUACAGCACCAGGAGACACAUAACCAGGAAAAGUUUCGAGGUAUUGGACAUGAAUUGGUGCAGUCUGAACAGCAAGAGGAGGCACUUUGUGAAUGGAGGAGAUACCAGUGUAUUGUAUGUGAUAAGACUUUCUGCAAACAGUCUUCGCUGGUGACUCACUUGCGCAUACACACAGGUGAAAAGCCAUUCUCUUGUCAUGUAUGCCGGAGAAAAUUUAAUCAGCGCACAAGCCUCACUGUUCAUCUGCGUACACACACUGGAGAGGCACCAUUCUGCUGCAACAAAUGCAAUAAGAGCUUCCGUCAGCAAUCAAAUCUUACUCACCACAUGAAGAGUCACCAGCAAAUGGAUGAGCAAGAGAGAGAAGACUGGAAUGAAGAAACUAGAACCCUGGGAAUUCCUUUAAUGUACCUUGUUUCUGAAGGGGAUGACAACAGCAGUGAAGUGUGGGGCACUAAAAUACUUUCAAACAAAGGAGACCGAGAAGAAGACUCAACAAUUUGUAAAAGACCAUAUGUCUGUGGCCAUUGUUUCAAACGUUUCACGCAUCAAUCUAAUCUUAUGGUUCACCAACGCAUCCAUACAGGUGAUCGGUCUUACUGCUGCCAAGAGUGUGGCAAGCAAUUUACCCGCAGGACCAGCCUGAUGGUGCACUUGCGGGGACAUACUGGAGAGAUGCCCUACUCUUGUCAGGAGUGUGGGAAGAGUUUUCGUCAGCAGUCCAAUCUCCUUUACCAUAUGAAGAGUCAUACAGGUCAGAAUGAACUGAAAUCAAAGGUAACCCAAGUCCAUUCAAACAAACAGACAUUGAAGCCAUCUAGACCGCUCAUUGGACCAUCUGGUCAAUACUUAGAUAGGGAUCCUCCACAGUCAAUAAGUGUUGAAAGUAGAGAUGAAAGAAGGUUAGAUGAAAACCAAAUGAGGGUAUUUCAGUGCAGCCAAUGCUACAAGUGGUUCCCCAAUACUGCUAGUUUGUUGCUUCAUCAAAAGUUUCAUUUGGAACAGCCAAAUACCAUCAUACAAGGCAGAGAUGUUCAGAGUCCCUAUACCAUUCAUAAUAGCCCACAACAUACAUAUGCUGAGAAUUUACUGUCCUCCCCCAAAGAACAAGAGGUUUGCCCACAGCCACGGUUUAAGCAUCCCUCAACACUGGAAGGAAACCUAGUUUCUGGGAUUCAGAGUAGCCCAGAAGGUAAUAUUAUCAAUCAGCCAGGACAAAGUUCUGAAUAUCAAAGAAUUGGAAACCAUAGUGUGCACAGUCUCAAUUUAAAGGGCUAUUACCAAAUUCGAGGAAGAGGUAGGCCAAGGAAAAGCAUAUGGCUGGGGCAUGGACAAUCUUCCAUGGGGGCACUUGGACCAGGGAAGGCACUUCACAGAUGUUGGAAGUGUCCACGCCGCUUCAAUCAUAAGUCUAACUUGAUUGUCCAUUUACGUAUUCAUACUGGAGAAAGGCCAUUUCAGUGUUGGAAAUGUGAUAAAAGAUUCCGACAGCAGUCAAAUUUGGUACAGCAUCUUAGAAACCAUGAGGAAACUCAUGGAAAUGAAAUUCUUUCAGGACCUAGGAUGGAAGACAGCAAACAAAAACAGAGUGGUAAAACUCUACAGAAUAUGAUGAUAUUUCAGCCUCCCACCAUUAGCCAAGCACGUUGGCCUUUUCUUCCAGUUGGUGAAGGAAACCAAAUGAACCAAAAUGUGCAGUUAUUUGAAGCCCCCCAAGCUAUACAUGUGGAUGAAGAAACCUCAGUUAAUGAGUGCAUGAAUGGUUCUAUGGAGGCUGAAUCUAGUUCCUCAGAUGACCGAUCCUUCAAGUGCAACAGCUGCUUUAAAACAUUUAACCACAAGUCCAAUCUUUUGGUCCAUGAGCGUAUUCACUCAGGAGACAAAACGUACCGCUGCCAGGAUUGUGGGAAACAGUUCAGUCAACGCACCAGUUUAAUGGUGCAUCUACGAACUCAUACUGGUGAGAUGCCCUACUCUUGCCAGCAAUGUAGAAGGCGUUUCCGACAACAGUCCAACUUACUUUACCAUAUAAAGACAAACACAGUGCUUGGUCAACUGAAGUGCACAAUAGAAAACUUGCCAAUCUCCUCAAUGAUACCUAGGAUGGAGUCUGUUGGGGAAGUCAGUAUUGGUCAAGAAAUAGAACCAACGCUUGGGCAGGCUCAAGUUUGGCUAGAUAUGGAAACAAAUGCCAAGAUUGAAACUGCACCUGCCACACCACAAGAAGCAGCAAAAGAAAACUACCAGUGUCUUGAAUGUGACAAAAUAUUCACUCAUCAGUCCAACCUGCUUGUUCACCAAAGGAUUCAUUCAGGUGAACGUGCAUAUCGUUGCCAUGAGUGUAAUCGACAGUUUAGCCAACGUACUAGCCUAAUGAUUCACUUGCGCACUCAUACCGGGGAAAUGCCAUAUGCUUGCCAAUGCUGUGGUAAGAGAUUCCGCCAACAAUCCAACCUUUUGUAUCAUUUGAAGAGCCAUGCAGGACAGGUAACUGGCAUAGAAAUUUUGCCAGGCUUGGAUUAUGCAACACCCAAGGCUAGAGGCAGACCUCGAAAAAUUGAAUCUAAUGAUGAGAGGAGGGAAAAAAGGAUAAUGCCUAGAGGCAAGCGUACCUACAAGUGCACAGAGUGCCCAAGACGCUAUAACCUCAUGUCUAACUUGGUUGCUCACCAGAGAUCACAUGAUCGGCAGCCACUAUUUACUUGCUCAGAGUGUGGAGAAAGCUUCCUUCAGCAAAGUUACCUCACCGUUCACAAAAAACUACACACUAAGAGGGAUCCUCCUCAACAUGAUGGUGAACAGCUUCACUGGAAACCAAACUUAUAAUUGUUGGAUGACACAGAUGUAGAGAGAUUGACAACAUACAACAGUAGCUGUAUCCAGUUUUUUGAUUUGCUAACAAUUUUAAAUUUGGUUAGAGUGUAGCUCAUGGAAUUGACCAAAUUGUGAAAGGGAUGAAAAAAAGCAUGUUCAUUAAAUACCUUCAUCCUCCAAACAUGAUAAAAAAUGCUAUACUUUUGUAAGGAUCCUUUUAAUUCAUUUAUGGCUGAGAAAAAAAUGAGCUGCCUUCAGAACGGUUUAUUCUGAUCAGCCAUUGGCUAUUACUGUCUUAUGUAAUGUCAUCAUCUAGUGAUGACUAAGCCGCCAAAGUAAUAUGUUGAUAAUCUCAUCAAAAGUGAAAGUGUAAAGCACUUCUCAUUUGUGAAAUCCACCAGACAACAUAAGAAGCACUUCCACCUAUUCAUUUCAACUUGAAAAUGUGUUUAUUCCAGUUCUAGUUAUUGAACCCAAAGCUGUAUUUCCAAAAUAUGUAAAAACUUCAAUAAUCUGCAUAUGGAAAAUGCUAUAUUUAGCUCAUAGGAUUAGAAUUAACCUUUCACAAUUUGUAUUUA